CCUCACCCCUCCUGCACGCGCCCACGCCCUUGUCCCGUCCUCCUCAAGAACCGCACCCUUCCGAGUCCCAGCACCGGCGCGGCGAUGGCCCCCGCCGCCCGCAGCGUCGUCGCGCUCGCCGCCGCCGUCCUCUUCUUCGUCAUGGACGCGGCGCGCGCGGCGGACGACGGCGAGGUGCGCGCGCUGCUGGCACUGGGGUCCGCGCUGGACCCGACGGGCCGCCUGCUCCCGUCGUGGGCGCCCGGGCGUGACCCCUGCGCUCCAGCGGGGCGCGGCGGGUUCGAGGGCGUGGCCUGCGACGCGACAGGCGCGGUCGCCAACGUGUCGCUGCAGGGGAAGGGGCUCGCCGGCACGCUCUCGCCCGCCGUGGCCGGGCUCAGCGCGCUCACGGGGCUCUACCUCCACUACAACGCGCUCCGCGGUGGCAUCCCACGCGAGCUCGCGGCGCUCACCGGCCUCACCGACCUCUACCUCGACGUCAACAACUUCGCCGGGCCCAUCCCGCCGGAGAUCGGCAUCAUGGCCUCCCUGCAAGUGGUGCAGCUCUGCUACAACCAGCUCACCGGGAGCAUCCCCACGCAGCUCGGGAACCUGACGACGCUCACCGUGCUGGCCCUGCAAUCUAACCGCCUCAACGGCGCCAUCCCCGCCAGCCUCGGCGACCUGCCGCUGCUCACGCGGCUGGACUUGAGCUUCAACGACCUCUUCGGCUCCAUCCCGGUCACGCUCGCGCAGCUGCCCCGCCUCGUGGCCCUGGACGUCAGGAACAACUCCCUCACCGGCAGCGUGCCUGCCGAACUGGCGACCAAGUUGCAGGCCGGGUUCCAGUACGGGAACAACAGCGACCUGUGCGGCACCGGGCUGCCCGCGCUCCGGCCGUGCACCCCGGCGGACCUCAUCGACCCAGACAGGCCCCAGCCGUUCAGCGCCGGCAUCGCGCCGCAGGUAACGCCGGGUGGUUCCUCCGAUGGCGGCGGCCACGGGCGUUGCAGCGGAGCCCGCUGCGGACCUUCGACCAAGGCGCUCGCUGCCGUCGUCGUCGUCGCCGUAGCCCUCCUUGCGGCCACGGCGGCCGGUCUGUUCGCGCUCUCGUGGCGCCGGUGGCGCAGACAGAGGAUCGCGGGGGGCUCGCCGCCGGUCGCCGCCGGCCGGUGCAGCAGCGAUGCGGUUGCCGCUACGAAGGCGUCGUCGGUCCGCAAGAGCGCGUCGUCGGCGCUCGCGAGCCUGGAGUACUCGAACGCCUGGGACCCGCUCGCCGACGGGCGUGGCGGCGCCGCCGGGUUCGGGUUCUCGCAGGAGGUGUCCCAGAGCCUGCGGCUCAGCACGGAGGAAGUGGAGUCCGCGACGCGCUACUUCUCGGAGCUGAACCUCCUCGGGCGUAAGAAGGCCGGCGGCGGGUUCUCGGCCACGUACAGGGGCACGCUCCGCGACGGCACGUCCGUCGCCGUGAAGCGGCUUGGCAAGACAUGCUGCAGGCAGGAGGAGGCCGAGUUCCUCGAGGGGCUGAAGCUGCUUGCCGAGCUCCGGCACGACAACGUCGUUCCGCUGAGGGGGUUCUGCUGCUCCAGGGCGCGGGGGGAGUGCUUCCUCGUCUACGACUUCGUGCCCAACGGGAGCUUGUCGCAGUUCCUCGAUGUCGACGCCGGCAGCGGCCGUGUUCUGGAGUGGUCCACGAGGAUCUCCAUCAUCAAGGGCAUUGCCAAAGGAAUUGAGUACUUGCACAGCACAAGACCAAACAAGCCCCCUCUUGUCCACCAAAACAUCUCAGCGGACAAGGUCCUGCUGGACCACACCUACAAGCCUCUCAUCUCCGGGUGCGGCCUGCGCAAGCUCCUCGUCGACGACCUCGUCUUCUCGAGCCUCAAGGCGAGCGCCGCCAUGGGGUACCUCGCGCCGGAGUACACCACCGUCGGCCGGUUCUCGGAGAAGAGCGACGUCUACGCGUUCGGGGUGAUCGUGCUCCAGGUGCUCAUCGGCAAGAGGAAGACGACGCAGCUGCCCGUCGUCGUCGAGUCCGGUGACGUCGAGGAGAUCGUCGACGGCAACCUGCAGGGGAGUUACUCUGCAGCCGAGGCCGCUAAGCUGGCGAAGAUCGCGUCGGUUUGCACCAGCGAGAACCCGGACCAGAGGCCUCCAAUGGUAGAGGUGCUCCAAGAAUUGGCCACCGUGUGAUGGACGUGCAAAGGCAAAUACUCAUCCACUGUAAUUGUUCAUGCGAGUCACAUGCCUGACAGUGCGAAUGUACCAUGAACCUGUAACCUAGCUUUGGCGAAUAUGGCCGUAUUAGAAUAUAUAUGUAAUUUUAAUGAUUAAUAAUAAUAUA